AUCCUACCCUACCAGCUAAAGGUGGCGAAACGGGAACUGUGUAUUCACCUAGAGGGGCAUCACCAAUUAGUCCCGACACAUCAACUACUUUGGUGAAGAAAAGCCCAAAGAAGACCCUACAACUUCCCAGUCCACCAGAAUAUGUGGUCUACACAGACUCGUAAACACUACUUUGAGAUGGUCCAAGCUGGCAGAGAGGGAGAAUGUGUGAUGUCCAAAGAGCUGGGAUGCAAGCUAGUGAGGAACACUGUCACCAGUAUGAUUUCUAUCUUUAGAGCAAGCCAGCAGGGAGAGGAGGUCAGGUACCCUUCCAAACAUGAACUCACUGCAAUGGCUAGAAGACUUGUGGAGUAUUAUCCCAUGCUACAGGAUAAAGGCAACACUGUAAAACAUAUGAGCAUUUACAAUAAUCUUCACAAGAGGCUGCAGAAUAUCAAGUCCCCACAAAACAGACAGGGGCCAACACCAGAGAGGGGCCAGACAAAGAAAAGACGUUCCAUUUGACUUCUCAACAAUUGACCAGGAAGAAGAUGAUGCAGACUCGAGUGGUGGAUCAACCAUUAUUUUGCAUCAAACAACAGGGAGCAGUUCUGAUGAUAGCCACUGUUCACCGGACAAGGAUAGUCCCAUAGUUCAAGCCAGACAUUACAAGACUCUGCAGGACAUGUACAAGAAACCAAAACCCAACCGAGAUGCUGUCUCCCAAAUCCUUGAUCUUGAGUUUCAAUCACGAAGAGCCUUUAUUGACAGUGCCCUAAAAAAAGAGGACAGGCCAACAAAUAUCCUGGAUGCCUAUCCAUGUUUCAAAGAUCUUCAUCAUGUAAUGGGUGAGCUGCAGAGGAUCUUGGCCAAUGGUAACCACAAAUUUAUUGAGGAAGUUAAGAAGAGAUGGGAAGACUUCUACACCAAGGUGCAAUUUUACGCAGUUUGGAAGAAAGCUAUGAAGCCACCCAUGACUCUGGAUGCCACGGAAUCUGCCAUAGAGCUCUACAGGGCACUUCCCACACUCUUUCCAUCACCAGCUGCACCACCCAAAAAGCUGGGACAUGCCAGUGAGGCAUUGCUCCAUGUCCUUCAGCCAACAGAAGAUCCUGCCAUCUUCCUCCAGAAGAGAUCUCUCUCCAGCCCUGUUUUGCUCUUUGAUGGGUCCUGCUGUGUUGUUGCCAUUGGAACACCUUACAUCACAUUUCCAAAGGAAAAUCUCAGUGAAGGCCUGCUUUAUCUGAUGGCUUACUACUACACCAUGCAUCUCACCUAUCCAAAGUGUGUGGCCACCCUUCUGUCUGUCAUUCAGACAGAAAUAUUAUAAGACGCCAUCCAUGAGCGAGAUGCUACAGCCUCAUAUAAAAGAGCCAUGGCAGAAUGGAUGGAUUUUAUUGGGAAGUAGGUUGCUCAGGUUGGGGUAUUUUAUGUCCCACCAGCUUUUGAGGAAGUCCCUUCCAAAGUUUGUCAUGUAAUGUUUACGUUCUUUUGUGAUUCAUAGAAGAUGCUGGCUUUCUACAGCAGCCCUUUAAAGUGGAAGUCAUGGUUCUAAAUGAUAGACAUGUUGCUAGUGAUGGAAGGACCAAAAAGUAGUUGUAAGUGCUGUGUACAGUGUAAAUGUACCAUCUAUUUGCUACUAUUUUGUGAAGCACACAAGUAUGUUCUUAAGGCAAUUCGUUAAAAUAAAAAAUUGCUGGCAA